CAACAGAUUUGAGGAUCUUUGAGACACGACGGCUUCUGGUUAAAUUUCAUAAAAAUGAGUUUCGGAUCUAAGUAUGAAGUUAGUAAAUGGGGGCAAUUUGCCGUGGGUGGUACAGCUUCUGUGUCUGCAGCCAUAAUUACCCAUCCAAUCGACCUACUCAAGGUUCGCCAGAUGGUUCAUAAAGGAAAAAAUGUCAGACUUACUUCCACCAUUAGUGGGUUGAUGGCAGAAAAUGGUCUACAGGCUUUUUACUCCGGUCUGUCUGCCUCAAUACUGAGACAAGUCACCUAUUCGACGACGAGAUUUGGUACUUAUGGAAUCAUUAAAAACAGCAUGGCCAAGGGCGAUAACUAUUUUCCUUUAUGGAAGAAAUUUUUGUCUGGUAUGUUGGCUGGCGCGGCAGGCGCUGUUGUAGGAAAUCCAGCCGAAGUUGUCAUGGUCAGGAUGCAAGCUAACAAGAAAACUACUCCUACUUACAAAUACAAAAACGUUUUUCAUGGCGUGGCCUGUAUCGUCAGACAGGAGGGAGUUACUAGUUUGUGGAAAGGCGUCGGGCCAUCUGCUGCUCGAGCCAUUAUCGUUACUGCCAGUCAGCUAGGAGUCUACGAUCAUAUGAAAUUUGUUUUAGUACAACAACUGAAGUUACUUCAAGACAAUUUCUUUGCCCAUUUUCUCGCCUCCAUGUCUGCAGGCUUGUUCGCCGCGAUAACGACCAACCCCGUUGAUGUGGUAAAGACGAGAUUGAUGAAUGAAUCCACUCUUGGAUCCAAUGAUCCAAAGCACCUGUACCGCGGAAUGCUUGACUGCGCAUACAAAAUUGCAAAAACUGAAGGACUUGGAGCAUUCUACAAGGGGUUCAUACCUAAUCUCACAAGAAUAGGACCACACACGAUCAUAACGUUUCUAUUAUACGAACAGUACCUUAAGGCAUAUCAUUAUAUGUCCACAAUCAGACGAAGGAGAAUUUCUGUAGCAUGAAUAGACUUCUCAUGAAUCAAAAUUCUAUUCUUCCGCGACAUUUAUCUAUGAAUAGAGAGACGAGCAAACUUCGAUUUUGCGACAUGCCCCAAGCAAGUAAGACCAGUUCAAUGUCUGAACUCAAUGAGUCAUAGACUUGUUUUGCUGUCGUUUUUACAAUAAA